AAAUUUUUCCUCUACCUUAUUUGGAAAAUUUCGAAUAUUUUACGCUAAAAUUGGUCAAUGAAGUUCAAUAAUGGUGAUUGUAACACGAGGUGACUACAUCUGGAUAGAACCCGCAUCGGGUAGGGAAUUCGAUGUAGCCAUUGGCGCUCGUGUCAUAUCGGCCGAAGGUAGACGCAUACAGGUACGCGACGAUGAUGGCAAUGAAAUUUGGCUAUCGCCCGAACGGCGCAUCAAGGCGAUGCACGCCUCCUCGGUGCAGGGUGUGGAGGAUAUGAUAUCGUUGGGUGAUCUGCACGAGGCGGGCAUAUUGCGAAACUUACUAAUACGUUACAAGGAGAACUUGAUAUAUACUUACACCGGCUCAAUUUUGGUUGCUGUUAAUCCCUAUCAAAUUCUACCCAUCUACACCGCCGAUCAAAUCAAGUUGUAUAAAGAGCGCAAGAUCGGCGAAUUGCCACCACACAUUUUCGCCAUUGGUGACAAUGCGUAUGCGCAUAUGAAACGCUAUCGUCAGGAUCAAUGUAUUGUCAUUUCGGGUGAAUCGGGCGCCGGCAAGACUGAGAGCACAAAAUUGAUAUUGCAAUAUUUGGCUGCAAUAAGUGGCAAACACUCGUGGAUCGAGCAACAAAUACUUGAAGCGAAUCCAAUACUCGAAGCAUUCGGCAAUGCGAAGACGGUGCGCAAUGACAACUCGUCGCGCUUUGGCAAAUACAUCGAUAUACACUUCAGCUCGAGUGGUGUCAUCGAAGGCGCCAAAAUCGAACAAUAUCUCUUGGAGAAAUCUCGAAUAGUUUCGCAAAAUCAUAGCGAACGUAAUUACCAUGUAUUUUAUUGCCUUUUGGCUGGGCUGUCGGGCGAGGAGAAGAGACGUUUGGAUUUGGGAAAUGCCGCUGAUUAUAAAUAUCUCACCGGCGGCGAUUGCAUUACGUGCGAGGGUCGCGACGAUGCCGCUGAGUUUUCAGACAUACGCUCCGCCAUGAAAGUGCUGCUCUUUUCCGAUCAGGAGAUUUGGGAAAUCAUUAAGCUGCUCGCAGCACUCCUACACUGCGGCAACAUACGAUACAAGGCGACCGUUGUCGAUAAUCUGGAUGCAACCGAAAUACCCGAACACAUAAAUGUGGAGCGCGUUGCUGCUUUACUCGGCCUUCCCAUGCAGCCGCUAAUUGAUGCAUUGACGCGUCGUACACUUUUCGCGCAUGGCGAGACAGUAGUUUCAACGCUGUCCCGCGAUCAGUCGGUUGACGUGCGCGACGCCUUCGUAAAAGGCAUUUACGGCAGAAUGUUUGUGCAUAUUGUACGCAAAAUCAACUCGGCUAUCUUUAAGCCGCGCGGCACUUCGCGUAACGCAAUUGGCGUGCUGGAUAUUUUCGGUUUUGAGAACUUUGAUCAGAAUAGUUUUGAGCAAUUUUGCAUUAAUUAUGCCAACGAGAAUUUGCAGCAAUUCUUCGUGCAACACAUUUUCAAGCUGGAGCAGGAGGAGUACAAUCAUGAGGCAAUCAAUUGGCAGCACAUCGAAUUUGUGGACAAUCAGGAUGCGCUCGAUUUGAUUGCCAUCAAGCAGCUGAAUAUUAUGGCACUGAUUGAUGAGGAGGCCCGCUUUCCCAAGGGCACCGAUCACACGAUGUUGGCGAAGCUGCAUAAAACGCACGGCGCGCAUAAGAACUACUUGAAACCGAAGUCAGAUAUUAACACGAGCUUCGGUUUGAAUCACUUCGCUGGUGUGGUGUUUUAUGAUACGAGCGGCUUCUUGGACAAAAAUCGCGACACCUUCAGCCCCGAUUUGUUGCACUUAGUUAGCCAGAGCUCGAAUAAAUUCUUGCGCCAAAUAUUCAAUCCGGAUAUAGAAAUGGGUGCUGAGACGCGCAAGCGCACGCCCACUUUGUCAACGCAAUUUCGCAAAAGCUUGGACGCGCUGAUGAAGACGCUCAGCACCUGCCAGCCCUUCUUCAUACGCUGCAUCAAACCGAAUGAGAUGAAAAGGCCAAUGCUGUUCGAUCGUGGCCUAUGCUGCCGCCAGCUGCGCUAUUCCGGCAUGAUGGAAACGAUACGCAUACGUCGCGCUGGCUACCCCAUACGCCAUGGCUUUCGAGAUUUUGUUGAGCGCUAUCGCUUUCUCAUACCGGGCGUACCGCCAGCGCAUCGCACCGAAUGCCGAUCGGCCACCGCGCGCAUAUGCGCCACUGUGCUUGGCAAAUCCGAUUAUCAGCUAGGCAAUACAAAGGUCUUCCUCAAAGACGCGCAUGACCUCUUUCUUGAGCAGGAACGCGAUCGUGUGCUCACGCGCAAGAUACUAAUACUGCAGCGCAGCAUACGCGGUUGGGUAUAUCGGCGUCGUUAUUUGCGCAUGCGCGCUGCUGUUAUCACCAUACAACGCUUUUGGAAGGGCUAUGCGCAGCGUCAGCGUUAUCGCCAGAUGCGCGUGGGCUACAUGCGCUUGCAGGCGCUUAUACGCUCGCGUGUAUUGUCACAUCGCUUUCGGCACUUGCGUGGCCACAUUGUUGGACUGCAGGCGCAUGCGCGUGGCUACUUGGUGCGACGCGAAUAUGGACACAAAAUGUGGGCAAUCAUAAAGAUACAGUCGCAUGCGCGACGCAUGAUUGCGGUGCGCAAGUACAAGAAGCUGCGCGAGGAGUACAAGCAGUUUGCGGAGGUUUUACACUUGCGCAAGCUGGAGGAGCAGGAGCUGAUGCAUAAAGGUAACAAGCAUGCGCGUGAGAUUGCCGAACAGCACUACCGUGACCGGCUGCAUGAGUUGGAACGACGCGAGAUGGAGAAGGAGAUUGAGGAGCGUAGACGCGUGGAGGUGAAGAAGAAUAUCAUAAACGAUGCAGCGCGCAAGCAGGAUGAGCCAGUAGAUGAUAGUAAAUUGGUGGAGGCUAUGUUCGACUUUCUGCCUGAUUCGAGCAGUGAAGCGCCAACGCCGCAUGGUGGACGAGAGACGUCGGUCUUCAACGAUUUGCCGAACAACACCAUGAAUAACGACGAUAUAAUUGCCCCAAUGCACGUAUCCGAAGAUGAGGAGGACCUAUCGGAGUUCAAGUUCCAGAAAUUCGCCGCCACCUACUUCCAAGGCAACGUGACGCAUCAAUACUCGAAGAAGGCGCUGAAGCAUCCGCUGCUGCCGCUGCAUACGCAAGGCGAUCAACUGGCUGCGCAAGCGCUCUGGAUAACUAUUUUGCGUUUCACGGGCGAUAUGCCCGAGCCCAAGUAUCACACAAUGGACCGCAUGGACACCACCUCUGUUAUGUCGAAAGUCACAGCCACGCUGGGUCGCAAUUUCAUCAGGAGUAAGGAAUUCCAAGAAGCACAAUUGAUGGGUCUGGACCCCGAAGCAUUCCUCAAGCAAAAGCCGCGCUCCAUACGCCACAAACUCGUCUCGCUCACGCUGAAACGCAAGAAUAAACUCGGCGAAGAUGUGCGUCGGCGACUGCAAGACGAGGAGUACACCGCCGACAGUUAUCAAUCCUGGCUGCAAUCGCGCCCUACCUCCAACUUGGAGAAAUUGCAUUUCAUCAUCGGGCAUGGCAUAUUGCGCGCCGAGCUGCGCGAUGAAAUCUAUUGUCAAAUAUGCAAGCAACUCACCAACAAUCCGCUCAAAUCCUCGCAUGCACGCGGCUGGAUACUGCUCUCACUUUGCGUCGGCUGUUUUGCACCCUCUGAAAAGUUCGUUAACUACUUGCGCGCCUUCAUACGCGAGGGACCGCCCGGCUAUGCGCCAUACUGCGAGGAGCGUCUCAAACGCACUUUCAACAAUGGCACGCGCAAUCAACCACCGUCUUGGCUGGAGUUGCAAGCGACAAAGUCGAAGAAACCAAUAAUGCUGCCGAUUACUUUCAUGGAUGGUAAUACGAAAACACUACUCGCCGACUCGGCUACCACAGCGCGUGAGCUGUGCAAUCAAUUAUCCGAUAAAAUUACGCUCAAGGAUCAAUUUGGCUUCUCGCUCUACAUCGCGCUCUUCGACAAAGUUUCAUCGCUUGGCAGCGGCGGUGAUCACGUCAUGGACGCAAUAUCGCAGUGUGAACAAUAUGCGAAGGAGCAGGGUGCGCAGGAGCGCAACGCGCCGUGGCGUCUCUUCUUUCGCAAAGAGAUCUUUGCGCCCUGGCACGACCCUACACAGGAUCAGGUCGCCACAAAUCUCAUCUAUCAGCAGGUGGUGCGUGGCGUCAAGUUCGGCGAAUAUCGCUGCGACAAGGAAGACGAUUUGGCAAUGAUUGCCGCUCAACAGUACUUCAUCGAGUACGGGACGGAUAUGUCCAUGGAGCGGCUGUUCACGCUGCUGCCCAACUUCAUACCAGACUUCUGUUUAACAGGCAUUGAAAAAGCGAUCGAGCGUUGGGCAGCGUUGGUGUUGCAGGCCUACAAGAAGUCCUAUUAUGUGCGCGACAAAGUGGCGGCGUUGAAAAUAAAAGAGGACAUUGUGAGCUAUGCGAAAUUGAAAUGGCCGCUGCUCUUCUCGCGUUUCUACGAGGCCUAUCGUAACUCGGGGCCGAAUUUGCCGAAGAAUGAUGUGAUCAUUGCGGUGAACUGGACGGGUGUAUAUGUAGUGGACGAUCAGGAGCAGGUGCUACUGGAGCUGAGCUUCCCGGAGAUCACGGCAGUGUCCAGUCAGAAGACAAACAAAGUUUUUACGCAGACUUUCAGUUUGUCCACCGUGCGCGGUGAGGAAUUCACUUUCCAGAGCCCGAAUGCGGAGGACAUUAGAGAUUUGGUGGUGUACUUCCUGGACGGGCUAAAAAAGCGCUCCCACUACGUGAUCGCCAUUCAGGAUUAUCGCGCGCCCUCAGACGGUUCGAGCUUCCUCUCAUUUCUCAAAGGCGAUCUCAUCAUACUCGAGGACGAGUCGUGCGGUGAAUCUGUGCUCAACAACGGCUGGUGCAUUGGUCGCUGCGAUCGCUCGCAAGAGCGUGGCGACUUUCCUGCGGAAACCGUUUAUGUGCUACCCACACUCACGAAGCCACCACAAGACAUACUGGCACUGUUCAACGUUGAGGAGGCACAUCAUGGCCGUCGCUUAAGUAUGGUUUCAAAUGGUGUGCCCGAAGCGCGCGAUCGCCCACACACACUAAUGGAAUACGCCAUGGACCACUUCCGUUUGCCGCCAAAGCGCACUAUGUCGAAGACGCUCACGCUCAGCUCAAAGCGCGCUGAUGAGAUUUGGCGCUAUUCGCGUGAUCCCAUCAAGGCGCCGCUGUUGCGUAAGUUGCAGAGCAAAGAGGAGCUCGCCGAAGAGGCCUGUUUUGCAUUCGCUGCCAUACUAAAGUAUAUGGGCGAUUUGCCGUCGAAGCGGCCGCGCAUGGGCAACGAGAUCACCGAUCACAUUUUCGAUGGUCCCCUCAAGCAUGAAAUUCUGCGCGACGAAAUCUACUGCCAAAUCAUGAAACAACUGACGGAUAAUCGCAAUCGCAUUUCAGAGGAGCGUGGCUGGGAGUUGAUGUGGCUGGCGACCGGUCUCUUUGCCUGUUCACAGGGCUUACUCAAGGAGCUCAUGAUGUUCUUGCGUACGCGCCGUCAUCCCAUCUCGCAGGAUUCCAUGCAUCGCUUACAGAAAACUAUACGCAACGGCCAACGCAAGUAUCCGCCGCAUCAGGUGGAGGUCGAGGCGAUACAGCACAAAACCACACAAAUUUUCCAUAAAGUCUACUUUCCCGACGACACCGACGAAGCGUUCGAGGUGGAUUCAUCGACGCGCGCAAAAGACUUCUGCCACAAUAUCUCACAGCGCUUAUCGCUGCGCACCAGCGAAGGUUUCUCGCUCUUUGUCAAGAUUGCCGAUAAGGUGAUCUCAGUGCCGGAGGGUGAUUUCUUUUUUGACUUUGUGCGUCAUUUGACUGAUUGGAUUAAGAAAGCGCGCCCGAUACGCGAUGGCUCAAAUCCACAAUUCACCUAUCAGGUAUUCUUCAUGAAGAAACUUUGGACCAACACUGUGCCGGGCAAGGAUCGCAAUGCCGAUCUGAUAUUCCACUAUCAUCAAGAGUUGCCGAAAUUGUUACGCGGCUAUCAUAAGUGUUCGCGCGAGGAGGCGGCCAAAUUGGCUGCGCUCGUUUUCCGCGUGCGCUAUGGAGAGAACAAGCAGGAGCUGCAGGCCAUACCACAAAUGCUGCGCGAGCUGAUACCUUCCGAUAUAAUGAAAAUGCAAAGCACCAGCGAAUGGAAGCGUGCCAUUGUGGCUUCAUACAACCAGGAUGGCGGCAUGACCUCGGAGGAUGCCAAAGUGGCAUUUUUGAAGAUCGUAUACAGAUGGCCCACAUUCGGUUCCGCCUUUUUCGAGGUUAAACAAACAACCGAGCCAAAUUACCCAGAAAUGCUGCUAAUUGCAAUCAACAAACAUGGCGUCAGCCUCAUACAUCCCGUGACCAAGGACAUUUUAAUCACGCAUCCAUUCACGCGCAUAUCCAAUUGGUCCUCUGGCAAUACCUACUUCCACAUGACAAUCGGUAAUUUGGUGCGCGGCUCUAAGCUGCUGUGUGAAACAUCGUUGGGCUACAAAAUGGAUGAUCUAUUAACUUCAUAUAUAUCACUUAUGUUAACGAAUAUGAACAAAAAUCGCACUAUACGAGCAAAUUAGUUAUUAGAAAUAAAUAGUUUUUAACUAGCGAAAAGAAAUGAGAAUGAUGAAAAUUAGAAAUUGAACAACUAAGUGAAGAAACAAUUAUCGAAAGAGAACAUACAAAAUUUCGAUGGUUGGUGAUGAUGUUUGAAAACAGAAUAAUAACACAUUUUGUAAGAAAUUUUAUUAUUUUUGAAAAAAAAAAA